CAGCUAAAACGAUGUACAAUCUAAUUUGAAAUUGAAGCAUGUAAAUCACUUUGCAAUGAAAUCAUACGCAAACAUACGUCCACACUGAAAUUCAACAUUUUGUGACAGGUAUUCAAAACUAACGUCUAACACUGACAUAGGUAGUAACCCUGGCAACCCUGUCAUAGCGUCGCCAGUUUAUUUGGCGCUGAAAAUUCACGGCGUCUAGCAAAAUAAAUUAUUUAAAGCAAGAGAUCACAGAUUCAAUUGAAAGAAAGUUAUAAAAUGCGCCCUGUCAAAGGCGCGAUGAAGAGCCGGCCUAGUGGUCAAUUCCGCGUGCCUGAACCGCCGCCACCGAUCCAAAGUCAAGAAGCCGCAGAUGCUUCGGCACUUGAUGCUUUGGACGAAGCACUGAUCUUCGAUGAUGAGGAGGGUGGUACACGAAUUGGUGAUAUUUAUAUACCGCCACCCGUUCCACCAUAUUGCUCCAUGGAGAGUACUGGAUCUCGUUUGAUCAUAAAGAAGAUUGUGAAUCAAAAUUUUAAGAGCUAUGCCGGAGGAGUGGAAUUGGGUCCAUUUCAUCAAUCAUUUUCUGCUAUUAUUGGACCAAAUGGUAGUGGCAAGAGCAACGUCAUUGACUCCAUGAUGUUUGUAUUUGGCUGUCGAGCAAAUCGUAUACGAUGCAAACGUGUCUCCACAUUGAUCCACUCGUCAUCCAUGUUUCCCAAACUCAACAGCUGCUCGGUGGCUGUUCACUUUGAGCUCGUGGUGGACAACGGUGAUGGCACAUGUGAAACCGUUUCCAAUUCGCAAUUUGUUGUGGAACGUACGGCCAUGCGAGAUAAUUCCUCAUACUAUCAAAUUAAUGGCAAGCGAGCUCAACUCAAAGAUGUAGCCAAAUUGCUAAAGAACCACAAUGUCGACCUGGAGCAUAAUCGUUUUUUGAUACUUCAGGGCGAGGUUGAGUCCAUUGCCAUGAUGAAGCCCAAAGGUCAGAGUGAGAAUGAGACUGGCAUGUUGGAGUAUCUAGAGGACAUUGUAGGUACUGUGCGUUACAUAAAGCCACUGGCGCAGAUCAAUCAGCGUGUGGAACAACUGACAACUGAUCGCACAGAGAAGCAUAAUCGCUGCAAACUAGCUGAACGCGAGAUGAAGGAUCUGGAGCAACCUUUUAACGAGGCUGUCGAGUACUUGCGAAAAGAGAACGAAUUUGUACGUACUAAAAAUUGGGUCACCCAAAAGUAUAUUAGUCUAAAAAAAAAGAAGCUUGAGGAAUACACCAAGGAGCAUGAGUCAUGCACUGAGGAUUUGAAGACACACGACGAGGGAACAGCGGCGCUGAAAAAAGAGCGAACUGAAAAAGAGGAAAUCAUUCGAAAGGAAAUUGAAGCCUAUGAGGCUUUAGUAAAGAAACGGGAGGCUAUCAAAAAGAAGCUUGUGAAUGCAGAGCGUGUCUGCACUGAAGUCCAGAGCACCAUGGAGAGCACCAAUAAGCAGCGUAAGAAGGAUAAGGCUCAGAUUGAAAAGAAUGAAAAGGAACUGGAAGAAUUGCAACGUUUGCCGCAGAAAAAUCAAAAAGAAAUAGACGAAUGCAAUCACAAAUUGGAACGACUUGAGCGGGAAAAAGUAACUUUAAACGAGGAAUUGGAGAAACAAUUGGAUGAGCUAAAAAAUAAGAGUGAACCGCUAACCGAGAAACGGCUCAAAUGCAGCGACGACUUAGUUGGCCUUAAGGAACAGGUUAAUUCGGCUAAGGCAGAGCUACAACUACAUGAAUCCGAAUUAAAAAUACUCAAGCAAGUGGAGACAACCGAGACACGCAAGUACGAGUCGCUCAAGAGUUCCUUCGAGGAGUCCGAAAAGAGUUUAACGGAAAAGCGAGCCCAACUGGAUGAGUUGAGCGAGACCAUUCCGCGCAUGAAAUCUGACAUAGCCAGCAAAACGGCGGAGCUUGAUAAAUUGGUCAAAGAAGAGCGUAACAUGACUCUUCAACGCAACAAGCUAAAAGAACAGAUCAAUGAACGCUCCAGUAGCAUGCAGGCGCAACGUUCCAAUAACAAAGUCUUGGAUUUUCUGAUGCGGCUCAAAAUGGAAGGCUCGCUUCCCGGUAUAUAUGGUCGUUUGGGUAAUUUGGGAGGCAUUGACGCCAAAUAUGAUGUAGCCAUAUCGACUUGCUGUGGCCGUUUGGAUAACAUUGUGGCGGACGUCUAUGAAACUGGUGCGGAGGCUAUAGCAGCAUUAAAGAAACACAAUGUUGGCCGGGCCACGCUUAUUACUCUGGAUAAAAUGGAAAAUCAUCGGAGAAAUGCUAAUAGCAGAAUCCAAACUCCAGAGAAUGUUCCACGCCUCUUCGAUCUUGUUCAGGUGGAAGAUGAACGCGUUAAAACGGCUUUUUAUUUCGCUUUGAAGGACACAUUAGUAUGUGAUAAUUUGGAGGACGCCUCGCGAAUUGCCUAUGGCGCUAUGCGUUAUCGUGUUGUCACGUUGCGCGGUGACAUAAUUGAACUGGCUGGCACCAUGAGCGGAGGCGGAACACAAAUGUUUCGCGGACGCAUGGGCACUCAAGUCCGCACCAAGACCGUGGAGUCCGCCGAAAACUCUCAAGUCUCACAAAAAGCUAUUGAGGAAAUGAAUAUGCAAGCGGAGGAGCUACGAGAACGCAUCAGCUUUUGCCAGGAGCAGCAGGGAAGUCUUGAAAGAGAGGUUCAGACUUUGCAAAGAGACCUCCAAAAAGCCGAAACAGAUUACAAACGUUUAGGUGUCAGUAUUACCUCGCUGGAGCAGCAAAUGGCCAGCAGUCGGAAACAAUGUGAGGCUCAACGUCAGCGCAUGCUCGCCAAGACCACCGAUGCUCAGGCCGUUAAGCAACGGGAGGAUCAGAUUGCAAAAUCCUCCGAGAAACUGGAAGAAGCCCAAAAAGCCGAGGAAACUAUGAGUUCGGUUAUUGAGAAAAUACAAGCGGAAUAUGAAGCGUUGCGUAAUGAGAAUGUGAAGCCAAUUGAGGCAAAAAUUAAGAAAAUCAACACGCAAAUCGAGAAACUUGCAGCCAAUGUGCGUUCAUUGAAUGUGGCCCUGGCUACGGCUGAAAGAAAUAUGGACAAACUCAAUGCUAGUAAUCAAAAUCUCGUGAAUAAUAUUAAAACUGCUGAAAACCGAUUGCGUGAGCUCAACGAAGAACGAAAACAGUGUGAGGAGAAACGAGAGGAGCUUGAAAAAGAGGCCGAAGAAGCAGAAGAGGCCAUUGGUAAUGCCAAGUCGCAGUCUUCCGAUAUGAAGAAACGUAUUGAUGAGUUGAGCAAGCAAGAAAAUGAACGUAAUAUUCAACGCAUUGAGAUUGAAACGAAAUUGCAAAGUGCAUUGGCUAAAAUGAACGAAGUCAAAUCAGAUAUACCCCGAUGGCAGGCACAAUUGAAACCGCUUAAACUUAAUGAGAUUCCUGGUGAAACAGAAUCCCAGUCCGCUGAACUUAAGACGUUCAAUGAAGAGGAACUCGAGGCCGAGACAUUGGAAGAUAUGCAGUAUAAGCAAACAUUGCUAGAGGAGCAAUUGAAAAAGAAACCAAAUUUGGGUGUCAUCGGCGAGUUCAAUGAGAAGCGUAAUAUUUAUUUGGAUCGCGUACGCUUCUUGGAAGACAUCACCUCCAAGCGUAACGAAAUGCGGGACAAAUAUGAGGAGGUCCGUAGGCGUCGGUAUACUGAAUUUAUAGCUGGUUUCAAAAUUAUAACUCACAAGUUGAAGGAAAUGUAUCAAAUGAUCACUUUGGGCGGAGAUGCCGAACUCGAGCUUGUCGAUUCUAUGGAUCCAUUUAACGAAGGUGUCAAUUUCACUGUGCGUCCGCCCAAAAAAAGUUGGAAAUAUAUAUCUAAUCUAUCUGGUGGCGAGAAGACCCUAUCAUCUUUGGCAUUGGUAUUCGCUUUGCAUUACUAUAAACCCUCGCCGUUAUACUUUAUGGAUGAAAUUGAUGCGGCGCUCGAUUUCAAAAAUGUAUCCAUUGUCGGUUACUAUAUAAAGGAGCGCACAAAAAAUGCCCAAUUUAUUAUUGUCUCACUUCGGGUGAAUAUGUUUGAAUUAGCCAAUCAUUUGGUGGGCAUUUAUAAAGUGGAUGAUUGUACUGAUUCCGUCACCGUGUUGAAUCAUCCGCCGCAGUUACCCACACAACAGCCUCGCGUUAAUACGUUAGAUGCGACUGCCUCUAUGGAAACUUCAACGGAGAAACAACCAGAGGAAGAAGCACAGCCACCAACCCAAGUAACUGGUAGAGAUACAACAUUUGCUCCAUCCACCGAAAGUACACAAGUCGCUGGUAGAGAUACUACAUUUGCUCCACCCACCGAAAGUACACAAGUCGCUGGUAGAGAUACUACAUUUGCCCCACCCACCGAAAGUACAUCGAAAGAAAGUACUUUGUUCGCACCUCCAAGCCAAAGUACAGAAGAGCCUGGAAGAAAUACUACGUUUGCCCCACCCACAGAAAGUACAGCACUACCCCAGGCAAUAGAGCAGGACAAUUUGAACUAACGUUUAUUACUGGGGACUCACACUUUGUUAAAUCUAUAUAACAUUUGAAAGCAUUUAUAAUUUAUUAUAUCAUUUAUUCUGCUGCUUCAUGAGAAGUUCCAGAAAUCACUAAAAUUAACUUGAAUGAAAGAGUAUCAACUAAAUACAAAUUUGAUUUUUCUCAGAA